UCGACGUUGUUCCACCCCUAACAAAGAGUGGUGAUCUGAGCGCAGUCGGUUGAUUUCAUUUGGUUUUUUUUUUAAUUAUUCGUGUCGCCGCGAUCGGAUCGGAUUUCCCAUAAUCUCUGAGCGUUCCGCCUAUCCUUCAAGUGAAAUGUCGCUGAAUCCGCAGUACGAGGACAUUGGCAAGGGAUUUGUGCAGCAGUACUAUGCGAUAUUCGAUGACCCGGCGAAUCGGGCGAACGUGGUUAAUUUCUAUAGCGCUACCGACUCAUUCAUGACCUUUGAAGGCCACCAAAUACAGGGGGCACCCAAGAUUCUGGAAAAAGUUCAGAGUCUGAGCUUUCAGAAGAUUACCAGAGUGAUAACCACAGUGGACUCGCAGCCAACUUUCGAUGGCGGAGUUCUGAUCAACGUCCUUGGAAGACUACAGUGCGAUGACGAUCCCCCACAUGCCUUCUCGCAGGUCUUUUUCCUGAAGGCCAACGCAGGCACCUUCUUUGUGGCCCACGACAUCUUCCGUCUCAACAUCCACAACUCUGCCUAGGAGCACUCCACUUACCUACGUAUGCACACCACUCAGCACCACACAUAAUCGACAUCCAAAGAUGCCCAGCGCCAGAUGAUAACAACAAGCUCGGCAGUGGAACUCAGAAAAAAAAAAUAUAACAAAGCCAGCCAGCGGUCUCACGAUUAUCAGCAAAUACAAAAGUUAGAAAAAGAAAAAAAAAAAAAAAACAAUAAAAAAAUAAGAAAAUAACGCUAACUACUAUUACGAUGUCAACAAAAUGGGCCGCCAGCUCACCUUCAUUUGUGUCCCAUUGUUGCCGGUACUCUCGCUUUACGAUCCACGGAACCCUAGAAUUAUAUGUUCUGCGAACACCUGGAUCUCGCGAUCUAAUUUAGCUAGGACUAUCGAAUUUGGUGGUAUGUGCCGUGCUACAAGCUCGUAUUUCGAAUUCCCGUGAAAUGAGCAGGAACAGCAGGCCGGGAUCAUCGCCUACAUAAGUUUAGAGUGAUUUUCUAGACCGUUUAUAUUUCCAAUUGAAUUAUUUGUACUUUAAUUAUGAGGAUUAUUUUAGAUAGCCGUAUUGCAAAUGUAUUGUGUCGAGUGUCUCGCUCUGUAAACAAUUACUUGAGUACCGGGACUGCACCACACACAGUCGCAAGUAUCGACUCUUGCUUUCUCAUAUGACUAAUUGAGCGAUGGCGAAUUACUUUUUAUUGAGAGAAAAAAAAAACACUUAAAUAUAAAGAUAAACGUUAACAGUUUGGUUGUUUGUAUGAUUGGCGGAAUGGCCAGUUGAACCGGAAAGAUAUGUAUACCCUUAUAAGCUAUUAAAUGCAUACGAAAGAAGCUCCAGCGGAUCUGGCCAGUGGUUUCCGUCUAAAAACUGAACGAUUCACUUGUCGCGAAAUGUGAACACCGCAUCGAAUCCGAAUAGCACCCCAUUGACGAUGGACAGCGAGGCCUUGAUGAGCGCGAGAUCCCGAGUUCGGGUGCGGAAGGAGAACUCCCAGGCCUCAAUGAUGAACACACCGCUGGCCACGAACAAGGUGCAGCCCAGGACGCUGAAGAAUAUAUCGAUGCGCUUGUGAAUGGGUGCCCGCAUCAGAACGCCUGCAAUUGCAAGGACUGGCAUUCCAAGGCGUACCUGCAAAGACCCCGAUGACCACUAUGAUGUAGCCCGUGAAGGUGCCAGUGGCCAGGAACGAAGUCAUUAUAUCGCGAUCGUUGAAGCUGUAGAAGUGGAGCACCAGACACGCUACCGCAAAACCCUGGAAAAGUGAGGGGAUUUUCAUUUGUGGUGCUUCUUGGUGUUCUUAUAAUUUCCGAGUCUAUCUGGUAUUUCGGGUCUUUUCUUUUAAUUCCCAAGUCGUUUUUUUUUUUUUUUUUUUUUUUUUUGACAAACCAUUGUUUAGUAAGCAUACGCGUUGCUUUUUGCAUUAAUUCAUUAAUCCUUAGAACUUGCAGUAAAAUCACUUGAAAAAAAAAUCCUUUACCAGUUCGAGAAACUUGACCACAUUGAGGCGGCCUUUUCGCUCGCCAUGAGACAUUUUGUGAAACUGCUGCCGCUGACAGUCCUCGAAAAUGUGGUCCAGCUUGAAAAUGUACGUGUCGCAACUCAAGAAAGUUCCAAAGUUCUUCCGAUUGGCCUCUUUGGAGCGUGCUCGCGACGGCAGAGCGCUGGACAAACUGAUUCUGAUUCGGAAAUGGAUGACGGAUGGCAGGCAAAUGCGGCUGCAGUUUGCAGUUGGGCGCAGUCGGGCCCAGCCAGCGAAAUUAAUUAAUUACACUUAGGAAAUAGGCUUUUCAUUCUUGUUCCCAUCCCUGUGUAUCCGCCCACGUCCACCACGUCCGCCGGGCCUCUCGGUUCCAUCUCUGAAGUGGAGACCGUCUGCGUUCUCCGCUGCCAGCUGCACUCGAGCCCCAUCCCUUCCAGCUUGAUUGAGUGGAGCAUAAUGUCUGUAUCUGCAUGCAUGCUCUGUGCCGGUGGGUGGCCAGUGGACAGUGGGCAGCCGCCCAAUGGACUCGGACUCAUUGUGCUCGCAUUGCCAUUACCCCAAAUUUGCUGCCUAACCUUCGGGGCCCAAGAUCGGAGCUAAUUCGCGGAAUCGGGGCCAACGGGUCGCCAAUUUUCCGAUGGUAAUCAAGUGGAUAAUGGAAAACAUAUCGCCGGGGAAAUCACUUCCUCAAAUCAUGAAUAAUCUUAUGGACUUCAUGGGAAUUAUUAGGUUGUAAGGUUGUGUUGCAACGCUUUUCAGAUAUAAAAGUGGAUUUGUAAUGCAUGGAAUAUAUUUUUUAAUAUAUUACAAGUACUGUACUUUUUAAGUGCAAUUAAAAGCUUAGAGCAACAUAAAAAGUAAGCCGAAUUUUAUAUACCCUUCACCUAUAGUAACUUAGCUACCACUAGCUUGGACGACUACAGUCGUCCUGUUUUAAUAAAAUGUAUUUUAUUUCUAUUUAUUUUUCCUGUAUUUUUUACGAACGUUAAACUGCAAAUCCCAUUCCGCUCGCUCCUAGUUCAGCUAAAUUAUAUAGUUUAUAUAAAAUUAGAUUAGUAAUUACAUUUCCGACCCGGCCUG